AUCAUUUAAAUGGUGCACUAUUUAACUGGCAUGGAAAAGUGAAUAAGCAUGAGAUUUUGGGGCAUAAGCAAGGCUCCUCCUCUUCUCCUCAAAGCCCCACCCGCCACAAACCAAGCACAUUUCUGAGCUCUACUGUUGUUUUGAAAAAGAGGGUGGGACUGAGGCUCCAUCAUGGCUCCGCCCCUCAUCAAAGCCCCACCCGCCGCAAGCCAAACUCUUUUUUUUAACUCUACUGUCGCUGUGGAGAAGAAGAGGGCGGGACUACGCCCUUAUUAUGGCCAGCCCCUCUUCAAAGCCACACCCACCGCAGACUGAGCUCUGCUGUUGACCGGACAGCACAGCAGACCACAGCAGUGCAGGAUCCGUUUACUGAGCUCUGUUCAUUCUGGGAUGCUUUCAACUGGGGAAAUGGAUUACAGACAGAAGGACCCGUCCUGCUUCAGAUACAGCACUUUUCCUGGACGCCGUCAUUCACACGUACUCCAGCAUGACCCAACCUCCUCUUACCUGUCAGACAGCAGUGACCCAAACACCUGGUUGACCCAGCACUCCAGAGCAGCACGCAACAUCUAUCACACCACCCAGCAGAACCAGACACCCGUACCAACCACAUAUCCCUCCCAGAGAAAACUAUCUCGCAGAGAGCUCGCCGAAUACAUCAGCGAAGUGAGAAACCUCGUACUAAGAGAAAAGCAGAGAUGCGAUAAAGUGAGGCAUCAAGAACGAGAGAUGCGGGAAGCAUGGAAAAACACAUGGCCAAAACACUGGAGAAAAACAAGAGAAGACCUCAGCCAACACAAUCUUCCAGCUGAUCUGCAAUAUCGUCCUCAGGGAUCUGCAUUUGGGGACUGGAGAUGUGCUUCAGGAACUGAGGAAGUAUCAGGAUAUGGGCAUGAAAGAUUCCAGCCGACUGCAUCCAAAACAGAACAGAAUCCUUGCAUGUGGAGAAAUAUGGAAAGUACAUUCACAACGCAUUCCUUCAGACAGCCUCCAUCUUACACAGCACCACCAGCUUACUCUUCCCCAAAGGAUGGAGGAUCUAAAGGCAUUGCACAGACGAGAAGUGAGCAAACAUUUGAAAACAUUCCAAAUUUGACAGAAACACGCCAUAGUGGCUUAGCAAGCAAUGGACAAUGUUUGCAGAACAUCGAGAGUUGCUGUCGUGGCAUCUCGAGUGGAGGAAACUGGCAGAAUAUAGCACAGAAUGCUCCACAAACAAAGUUUCUCAAUCUGAAGACUCAACCAAUGACAUCUCCAGGUGUGACUGAGGCAAAGCAGAGCAAACUCUCCAGAUGGAGAGGGGGCGAGACUGUGUUCUGUCUGGUCUCUCGGAUGGGAGAAGUGUCUGGGGUAUCCAGAUCUCCAGAGGAGCCCCUCAGGUCCUGUGUUUUACCCCUGUUAACUGAGUCCAAACCUAUGGAGAAGAUUGCAGACACCCCCCAGCAGAAUCUGAAAGAUAAUCAAGAGAAGCAGAAGCACAGAGAGAAUGCAAAUACACUUCGGGAACAACCCACAACUGUUGAAGAUUCCAGUUCUGCAGCAAUCCCAGAUGGAAAUAAAGAAAGCCUGCAAUCUUCAGGACAAGAGAAACCAAUGUCCGAGAAGUUCCCAUUGUGGAAAGAGCCUAGACUUCAGCACAACUUAAUGGAGGAAAGAAUUGAGCAAAUCCCAGAGAUCACCAACACAGAGAGUCUGGUGGUCAUUGAUGCCACUUGUGUAGUUGUAAAGGUUGAGCUUGUUCUUCUUCCAGAGAAGGAGCAUGUCCAAUAUGUGUGUUUGACAGAGGAAUCUCCUAUAUCCAGAACUAGCGAGGAGACAGAUGAGCAAAAGAAGAACAGCAGAACCAACACUAAACUAGACAAUCCUGAAAACCAAACUCUGGAUGAGGAAGCAAUAGAUAUAUCUGGAAAACCAGAUGAUCAUCUCAAGACAGGAGAACAGAUCACUCCACAAGAACAAGACCAUCAGAGUCACGAAGAAGGUCUAAUAGAAGAGACUGAGGAAUCUGAAACUACUGAGCUCCAGAAUGAAAGCAAACCCUUCAGUGGGACAACACUGGUGAGUAAUGGACAACAUCUAGAGGAAUCAUUCAACAUAAUGGAUGACCAAAGCAUUGCAAGAGAACCUGAAGUCAUGCUUGAAGAGUUUAUAGCUUUAGCAGAUGAAAAUCUCACAUUCGAGACUUUUAUGAUGCAACCUGAACAGACCACAAGACAUCUGAAUGGAGAAACAGAGCAAGAAAAUAGACUAACAUUGCACAAAACAGAAGAUGAUGAGAAGUGUGAAACAGACACCUCAGAGGACCUUAGUGAGAACAGCUCAACAGAAGACAAUCACAGACUUGAAACAGCUGAUCACAGAGAACUUGCUUUGGAUUACUCUACACCAUCAAAAAAUGCCAAAGAAAUUUUAGAUUGUGUACACCAAGAUGAUUUACCUUCCACCAAAGGUACCAACUCUCUCCAAAGAUCAACCUCUUCAGAUUUACUGCCAUUUAGCUUUGCUUCUGACAGUUUAGAUGGUCCAAAUGAAAUAGCUGAUUACAAAGUGCUUGUUUUGGAUCAUUCUACACCUUUUAAAAAGAUAAGUGCAGAAAAUGUCAGACAAGUUCAAGACUGUGUACAUCAAGAUGAUUUACCUUCCGCCGCAGAUGUCCAAAGGACAAUCUCUUUAGAUUCCUUUACCUUUACUUCUGAAAAAUUGAAUUGUGCAAAUAAACAAGACGAUCACAGAGAACUUGUUUUGGAUCACUCUACACCUUUGUCCCAAAUAAGUGGCGAAAGUACCAAAGAAGUUCAAGAUUGUGUACACCAAGAUGAUUUACCUUUCGCCACAAGUACCAACUCUCCCCAAAGAUCAACCUCUUCAGAUUCCUUGCCAUUUACCUUUGCUUCUGAAAAAUGUGAUGGAAAUGAAACAGAUGAUCACAGAGAACUUGUUUUGGAUCACUCUACACCUUUGUUCCAGAUAAGUGCCAAAAAUGCAAAAGAAGUUCGAGAUUGUGUACACCAAAAUAAUUUACCUUUUACAGAAGGUACCAACUCUCUCCAACAAUCAGCCUUCUCAGAUUUCUUGCCAUUUACAUCUGCUUUCAACACCUUGGAUGGUUCAAAUGAAACAGGUGAUCAUGGAGAACUGGUUUUGGAUUGCUCUACGUCUGUUUUCCAGAUAAGUGCAGAAAAUGGCAAACAAAUUCAAGAUUGCUUACACCAAGAUGAUUUACCUUCCACCACAGGUACCAACUCUCCCCAAAGAUCAACCUCAUUAGAUUCCUCGCCGUUCACCUUUGCUUCUGAAAAAUGUGAUGGAAAUGAAACUGAUGAUCACAGAGAACUUGCUUUGGAUCACUCAACAUCUUUCUUUCAGAUAAGUGUAGAAAAGGCCAUGCAAAUUCAAGAUUGCCUACAGCGAGGUGAUUCACCUUUCACCGAAGGUACCAACCCUCCCCAAAGAUCAAUCUCUUCAGAUUCCUUGCCAUUUACCUUCGCUUCUGACACUUUGGAUGGUCCACAUGUCUCAGAUACUCCUUGUAUUUCUCUAACUGAAAACAAACCACAGUUUCUUCAAUGGUCUAGUAAUCCUGAAGUUUCUCCAAGCAUUCAAGCAAGCUGUACAGCUUGUUCUUCAACUCCUGAUACUACUGAAAAUCUCCAAUGGUCGACAGGCAAGCCUGAUGAGGAUUUACUCUGUACUCCAUCACCCUCUAAACACAAAGCCGUAAUCCCGCAGGUCAGAUCUCUGUGGGAUGCAGUGAGUCGUAUUCGCAAACACACGGCUCCAGACUCUGAGACCGAGGAAGAUGAUAUGACUGAGUUUGGGGAACCGACUGAAGAUGCAGAUACUGACUGCUCUGUCAGAGACUGAACACAGAGCAGGAAUAAGCAUUAGCGGACUGUUGUCUUCAAUAAACAAUGGGACAAUUUAGCUUAGGUCACAAAUCAUGCUGUGAACUACUGGCUUAAUCAUACUACUUAUUCAUACUUAUGAACAUUGGAUGUGAAAAUAUCCUCCCAGAAAUACCAGAAAUUAUUAAAUCGACUCAUCUG